AACAGACGGUCUCACUCAGCCGGCGGCAGCGGACCUAGCAGCAGCGCUUCCCCCCCGCACCGAGACCAGCCUCCUCCGCACAGAUCCUCCGCAAUGGAAGAAGAAAUCGCAGCGCUCGUCAUCGACAAUGGCUCCGGGAUGUGCAAAGCUGGCUUUGCAGGAGACGACGCUCCUCGGGCCGUGUUCCCCUCCAUCGUGGGGCGCCCCAGGCACCAGGGCGUCAUGGUCGGCAUGGGUCAGAAGGACAGCUACGUGGGCGACGAGGCCCAGAGCAAGAGAGGCAUCCUGACCCUGAAGUACCCCAUCGAGCACGGCAUCGUCACCAACUGGGACGACAUGGAGAAGAUCUGGCACCACACCUUCUACAACGAGCUGCGCGUGGCCCCGGAGGAGCACCCCGUGCUGCUCACAGAAGCCCCCCUGAACCCCAAGGCCAACAGGGAGAAGAUGACACAGAUCAUGUUUGAGACCUUCAACACCCCAGCCAUGUACGUUGCUAUCCAGGCCGUGCUGUCCCUGUACGCCUCUGGUCGUACCACUGGUAUUGUUAUGGACUCUGGGGAUGGUGUCACCCACACUGUGCCCAUCUACGAGGGCUACGCUCUGCCCCACGCCAUCCUGCGUCUGGACUUGGCUGGCCGGGACCUGACAGACUACCUCAUGAAGAUCCUGACAGAAAGAGGCUACAGCUUCACCACCACGGCCGAGAGGGAAAUUGUGCGUGACAUCAAGGAGAAGCUGUGCUACGUUGCCCUGGACUUCGAACAGGAGAUGGCUACAGCUGCUUCCUCCUCCUCCCUGGAGAAGAGCUACGAGCUGCCUGAUGGGCAGGUGAUCACCAUCGGCAAUGAGCGGUUCAGGUGUCCAGAGGCCCUCUUCCAGCCAUCCUUCCUAGGUAUGGAGUCGUGUGGCAUUCACGAGACCACUUUCAACUCCAUCAUGAAGUGUGACGUAGACAUCCGAAAGGACCUGUAUGCCAACACAGUAUUGUCCGGUGGUACCACCAUGUACCCUGGCAUCGCCGACAGAAUGCAGAAGGAAAUCACAGCCCUGGCACCCAGCACAAUGAAAAUCAAGAUCAUUGCUCCCCCUGAGCGCAAAUACUCUGUCUGGAUCGGCGGCUCCAUCCUGGCCUCCCUCUCCACCUUCCAGCAGAUGUGGAUCAGCAAGCAGGAGUACGAUGAGUCCGGCCCCUCCAUUGUCCACCGCAAAUGCUUCUAAAUGGACUGCGAGCAGAUGCCCAGCAUCUGCUGCAUGAGUAUUUUUUUCACUAGUAUAUGUUUGCCCAGGCAAAUCUAUACACCUCAUGCUAGCCUCCUAAAACUGGAAUAAGCCUUCUUUCAAAGAAACUUGCCCUUGGAAAGUCUGUAUCUGAUGUUAGACACACGUCAGCACUGUUGGAUUGUCAAGCUGUCGCUGAUUUGACCUUGUAUUCAAGUUCCUUGUUCCCUUGGUGUACACUCUCUAGCAAAAUACCCUGUACACAUCUGACCUAGACCCUGGUACAGGUGCAGUCACUAGUGUGACCCUGCUGCCAAGGUUAAUUUGUGUUUGUGGAAGAGAAUCUGCCAAGGAGCCUGUAGGGCUCCUGGCUUUGCUACUAUUGAUGAGUGACACUUGCCUGGAGCCUAAGCUCGUGGGCCGGAGACUAGAUCUGUACAGGGUAUUUGAGGUCAGACUCCAAUCUGUAAAGCGCUGAGUAUUCCAAGUUUUCAUGUAGAGGCUGGUAGGAGUCCAUCAAAGAGUUCACUUCUGUUGCUGCCGUUCUAGCAAGGUUGGAAAAACAUAUCACAUCCAAGCCUUAGGAGCCCGUUUCCAUCUUCCCACCCACCUGUAUCCCAGCAAGACAUCACACGGGGCUAAAAGUUAACUCGACUUGAGUUGCUGAAACUCUGCAUUUACACCUGUAAAUUUCUGCAUCCCGUUUAAUUUAUGUAAGAUUUUUUUUUGUACGUUGCCUUAAUGUUCUCACAUGACAGUAGAAAACCAAAACUUGUAAGUCAUCCCAAGGUCGAGAAUUGUAAUGCCCGACAACACGUCAUUGUAAGGAAAAUAAAAGCGCUGCAGUAAAUGA